UCCUGCAGCACACAGCCAGCCCUGCACUCACACUGCUUCUGUGCCACAGAGAGACGAUAUGUGGUGAGCUAGCUCAGAAAAAGGCAUAGCACACAGCAGCGACAGAUUUUAGAGACUAGCAGACGCCAUAGCAUCAUCUGGAGCUGAAGGAGCGUGUUGUUUUGGCUCUGCACAGUGAACCUGGAGCGCAGUUAGCCAUUUUGCUAAGCAGCUAAGUCGCCAUCGUUUUGCUUUGUAGAGACUCAGCAGCGCAGAGGAAAUGAAGGACAAACAAAAGAGAAAGAAGGAGCGGACCUGGGCUGAGGCUGCUCGCAUGGUAUUGGAGAACUUCUCCGAUGCACCCAUGACUCCAAAACAAAUCCUCCACGUCAUCCAGACCAAGGGGCUGAAGGAGAUGCGGAGUGGCACAGCUCCUCUGGCCUGCCUGGUCACCAUGUUGCACUCCCAGGUGAGGGGAGACCGAGUCAAGAACAGCAUCUUCUUCAAGCUGCCUGGACGGAUGAGCCUGUUUACUCUCAAGAAGAACGCCCUCCAGUGGACAAAGUCAACAUCAGAGACAGAGACACCGACAGAGUCUGCUGGAGGAACGGGGGCUCCAGCCUCAAGCAGCACUCCGGCAGCCGGCUCAGCUGUAGCCUCGACCGGACCCACAGAGGCCACAGAGCAGGAGAGCUGCGACUCCACCGAGACCAACGCAGCUGCCAGCGGAGACAAUGACGCCUCUGUAGAUGAGAGCUCAUCCAGCGCCUCUGGCUCCACGGAGCUGCAGCCUCCCAUCAACCAGCCUCAGACCCGCCUCAGCAGAUCAGCAGGACAGCAAGGACGCUUGGAGGCACAGCAGGCCCAACACGCUUCACAUGCCCAGACCAGAUUGAGUCGCUCCAGACAGGUCAGCAACCAGCAGUCAGGAAGACAGAGAAAGAAAGCAGUCAUGAUGCCUCGUGUUGUCCUCACCCCUCUUAAAGUCAACGGAGAGCACGUCCCCUCAGGACCCAUGAAAAGAAGUCGAGGAGGAGUUGAUGUAGACUUUGAAACACCAGGCUCCAUCCUGGUCAACACAAAUAUCAGAGCGCUCAUCAACGUUCGGACCUUCUCAGCGUUUCCUGCACACUCACAACAGCAGCUUCUGCAGCUGCUGCCAGAAGUGGACAGACUGGUUGGAUCUGAUGGGAUGGCUCGACUCAGCAGUUCAGCUCUCAACAAUGAGUUCUUCACCCACGCUUCUCAGAGCUGGAAGGAGCGGCUGGCAGAGGGUGAGUUCACCCAUGAGAUGCAGGUGCGAUUCCGACAGGAAAUGGAGAAAGAGAAGAAGGUUGAAGCAUGGAAGGAGAAAUUCUUUGAGGAGUACCACGGGCAAAAGUCUGGUCUGACUAAGGAGGAGUCCCUUAAACUGACUGCCAGUGAAGCCAGUGAAGUUGCAGCAACGGUGCUGGAAAGUGACGUAGCUGUAGUUGCAACACCGAAGAGACGCAGCGUUGGUCGGAGGAGGAGAGACGGGCGGAUGAGGAGACGCACGCGAGCUGAUCUGCGCCGCCGGGCCCGCAGAACCCUCUGUAAGGCCACUCCUCCAGCCAUACAGGCAACAGAAACCACAGAAGACAGCGCUGCUCUGGACAUCUCUGCAGUCUCCAUGGGCUCGCCCAUGUCCGACAACACAGUGGUGCAAGGUGAGGUGGUGCUGCAGGCCGAGUGUGGCGUGGAGCUCCCAGCUGAGACCACCACGAUAGAGGAAAAGCCUGCACCCACUCCAGAGCCGGUCACAUUACCAGCUCCCAUUCCCACUCCGACACCCACUCCAACACCCACUCCAACACCCACUCCAAGCCCCAGCCCCAGUCCUGCCUCCACCAGCGCCAACGAAGAGCCAGAAGUCACAGCUCGCCUUCUCCCAGAGGAGGCCGCGCCCGUUCUGGCCUCCACCUCCUCCCCAUCCUCCUCCUCCUCAUCUUCUUCAUCUGCCUCCUCACCAGCCUCCUCGCCCUCCUCCCCCUCAGACAGACAAGGAGCUUUUGCAGCAGGCUUGGACUCCUCCUCUUCCUCUUCAGCGUCAUCCAGUGCCGCGGUUGCGGCCGAUCCCCUGGAUGACACCGCCUCUGUGGUCACCUCCAUCACCGGAGGCACCGCCACCAGCAGCCGUGAGAGCAGCCCCUCAGCCAGCCCAGCCACCACUCCCGUUCCCAGCUCCCAGCUCAAGGAGAAGAGGAGGCCCGACGAGGCUCAGGCCUUUUCCAGCUUUCCCGAAAAGAGGCCGCGGCUGGAUGACCGUCAGUCCUUUCGUACCACAAUUGACGGUGUCCGUACGGAGAAGCCGCAGCCGACAACAGAAGAGCCCAAGGUGCCGCCUAUCCGGAUUCAACUGUCCAGAAUCAAACCUCCCUGGGUCAAAGGCCACCCCACCUACCAGAUCUGUCCGCGGAUCGUGCCUCCCGGCGAGGGCUCGCGGCGGUCGGGGACGGGGGGUGCGCGCACCUUGGCGGACAUCAAAGCCCGCGCCCAGCAAGCCCGCGCCCAACGCGAGGCCGCUGCUGCUGUUGCAGCCACUGGCGACGGGACAGGGACGGACGGGGUCCGGGUGCGGGCUGCUACUGGGCUACCGGAUAGCAGCAAUGGACGACGAGCGCGAGAGCAUCCAGGACCUAUCGAGCCCGGAGGAGGAGACGGAGGAGGAGGAGGAGGAGGAGGAAGUGGAAGAGGGGGAGGUGGUGGGAUGGAGGAGCAGGGAUCGUCUUCGGGCUCUAAUUCGUCUGGAACACAACUACAGCUUCACAAUGUAGAGCCAGUGCCAGAGCCGUCGCCGUCUCUGUCCACUACCUCCACCUCCAUGUCCCUGGAGCCCCCUCAGACCCCGACUCCACCUCUAGAGGAGGUCCCCGGGAGCGCAGAAGCUGGAGAAGAAGGAGAAGCAGCAUCAGCCAGCGACCAGAGCUCCUCCAACAGUCUUGCAGAGAAAGCAGCUGAGUCGUCUUCUCCGGAGCUGGACUCUGUACCCACCCAGGCCCCUCAGUCAACCAGGCUGAACCAAGUCCCAGACUCUGCUGCUGCCCCCUCUGAAAGGGCAGACCUGGGUCCUGAAAAACCCUCUCUGGUCCCAACCUCCAUCCCAGAUUCCCUCCCCAGGUUUGGGGCUCAGGGUGUGGAUGUCAUUCAGACUCUAGCGAAUUCCUGCCAGCCCAAAGAGCAGCUGAAAGGAAAGGAGGCAGGACUAGGAGGUGUCAUCCAACAUGGCUCCCAUCAUGUGGAUGCCCAGGACGUUUUCUCUCCCUCUGCUACAGAGAGAAAGCCUACAAACACAUCCUCACCCCAGCACAUGGACUCCUCUGAGAAAGACGACGAGGCUGGGACUCACAGUGACUCUACGGAAACCGCUUCAGACUGUGAGAACGAGGUUCAGGAGGAUGAUCAGCACCCCGAUCAGGACUGGUGCCCUCAACUGAGCACGCCCAGAAACGGCCAACUGGUCAUCUGCAGUCCUCCUCCUCCCCCUCAGAACCAGCAGCCAGUCAUCCACGCCCACGUGUCCAGCCGCCAAGGUCAGACAGUCAUUCAGCCAUGCUUCCCCAACGGUCUGCCCCACCCUCAGCACAGUCGCCCCCAUUCCCAGGAUCACCAGCCCCUCCCCAUCCGGGACACCAACGUUGUGGUCAAAAUGGAGCCAGGAGAAGACUGCAGGAUCUCCAGACAGGUGUCAACUGAAGACGAGUGUCGUGGAGGUUUGAAGCAGUCCAUCAACCUCCCCGGUUCUGCUGCUGCCUCCAAGAGACCGGCCAGCUCAGCCAGACCGGUGUCUAGUGUGGAAGCCAACAACCCGCUGGUCACUCAGCUGCUACAGGGCAGUCUGCCCCUGGAGAAGGUUCUGCCCACGCACUCUGCCAACAGGUUAGAGAUCAGCCGAUUACCGGGACCCCAGCCAAGAUUGCCACCGCUGCCACGAGGCAGACCGGACAUCUCAGCCCAGUCUCCAAGCCCAGAUCUGUCUGCGGCCUAUCAGAACCACAACAAGUCUCCUCCAGGACGUCCUGUGUCCUGUCUGAUGGAGACCCCAGCUGUUUCCCAGUAUCAGUCCCAGCAGGCCCCUGGAGCGGUCCCUGUCAUCACCUCUCUGCCCCCCUCCUCCUCCAGUUUAAACUUCAGAGGGAAACCAGACAUCAGCUCUCAGGGCGCUAUGGAGUCCACCGUCAUCAAAGACUCUCACGGCCCCGUGGUCACUCCAGACAGACCGCAGAACUCUCAGCGGACCCUGCAGAACGGCCCCUCUCCUCCCCAUGCUGACCCGUGCCCCACGGAAGUGGUGCCCACCAUCAAGAUCAACUGGCGCCCUCCUCCAUCUCAAAUCCCCCAUGCUCACCAACAGCAGCUAUCUCCUGCGUCGUCUGUGAAGAACGAAGUCGGUGCUCGUCCAUCCUGCCAGGCUCUGGCUAAAUCGCCCCCCACCAAACCUCUGAGUGUUACCAAAAAGGAGCCAAGCAGCUCCAUGGAUGGCUACCUGAGCGGCGGGGCCAUGGAGGGACUCCUCAACAUGGAGAUGACUUUAGCCAGGAUGGCCAAGAAGGAGCACAACAAAGCUCCCUACUCCUCCGGCUCCCCGUCCUCCUCCUCCUCUCCAUCGCCCUCAUCGUCACUCCCCUUCCAGCUCUACGGGAAGCUCCCCAAGCAAGGCGGAGGAGUCAGCUACACGGCCAACGUGUCUGUGAUGGAUAACGGCGGUUUCUCCCGCAGCAUGGCGGACAGCGUUCUCCAGCUGCGCCCCCGUUUGACCUCCACGCAGGCCACCCUCAGCAUCCAGGCCUUUACUGACAGUACGGCCGAGGAGGUGGCGCUCAAAUGCUCGUGCCGCCUCAAAGCCAUGAUCAUGUGCCAAGGCUGCGGUGCCUUCUGCCAUGACGACUGCAUCGGGCCCUCCAAACUGUGCGUGUCGUGUCUGGUGGUCAGAUAGUGUGUUACUGAGGUCUCUGUGGGGGGGGCCCAGCUGUACAGAAACCAGGAGGAGCCUGACAGGCAGGAUUUGCCUUGUAUGAUAGAUUUGGUCUGUAUUUUUCGUUGUUGCAGAUUUUCAGAUUUUUUUUUAGCUGUAUUGAUAUAUUAUUAUUAUUAUUGUUAUUAUUAUUAUUGUUGUCGUUAUAAUUAUUGUGAAUUUGGGGCAUGAUUGAUUGUAAAUUGUGCCUUUUUUUGUUUUCUCUCCUCAAAAACAUUUACCUCAUCUUCUCUCGCUCCACCUGUCAUCAUUUGGUGGCCAUCAUUGUUUUGGUCUCUUGUUUCCUCAGUGAACAGAGACGUAUUGUUGUCUCUUUGCGCAAAGAAGUAUUUUUUUAACCAUUAAAAUGAGUAAAUGA